AUGAUUCCGCUCUUACUUCGUUCGGCUGACAAUGUUCAGCCAAUUUUCGGUAUACUGGCUGUACUGCUGAAGAUGGAAACUGCUCUAAAGCUGGAAGACUCCCCAACAAGAGAGGAAGAUGUGCGAAGUUCAUUGGAAGUUCUUGAUGAAGCGCGUAAUUCGAAUCAGUUUGUUCGAACUUUCUGCUAUGGCGAACUGGCUGAGGUGUUGCGGACUUGUUUCGGAUGUUCCAAAUGCAUAGCUAUGCAUGAAUGGUUGACGGUGUUCAUAGAGGAAUUUCGCUCAGACUUUUUCACUGAUCGCUACGAGUCGUCAGGUGAACUCGAAGGCGAAAGGUAUCUCAACCAAGAUUCAAACUUGUGGCUGAAGUGCCCGGAUGGACAGAAUCUAGGCGAGGCCAUACCACUUUUGGAGGCUGUAGUGGAAGCUAUCAAAUUGCAAGAGACAUGGCCUGAAGCCGAUACUAUAGAAGCCACGCAGCGGGAUCGAUGGUCUAGGAUUUUUUAUGCUCUAGGUAUGUUUUCUUGCUGUUCUUAUAUCAUAUUGCCCUGCGAAGAAUAAUU